AUGUCGAGGAUGAGAGCUCGUGCAGGCCCAAUGGGAGAAGGAGAGGGACAGAGGGGGGAAUAUAGGGAGAUUGCAGAGGUAGCUUUAUUAUUAUUAUUGUUGCUCUCAAUCGUGUCGUGUGACGUUGAAGAGAGGGGUGUGGAGAAGAUGGGUCCGGCGUCGGCCCUGAGAAAGCAAGUUCUCACCUUAACCGAAACCGCCGCUUCCAGAAUACGGCAGCUGUUGGAACAGCGGCAGCGCUCAUUUCUCAAGCUCGGCGUCAAAGCUCGCGGAUGCAACGGCUUAUCUUACACCCUUAAUUACGCAGAUGAAAAAGGGAAGUUUGAUGAGUUGGUUGAGGACAAGGGUAUUAAGAUAUUGGUUGAUCCGAAGGCCCUCAUGCAUGUCAUAGGAACCAAGAUGGACUUUGUAGAUGACAAACUGAGGUCAGAGUUCAUAUUUAUCAAUCCAAAUUCUAAAGGGCAGUGUGGCUGUGGAGAAUCAUUCAUGACCAUGAGCAGGGAAGAAGCCACCAAAAGAGGUGUUAGUUCAGGGACAUAAAAAUCAGAAUGGAUUCCCUGAAUGCAUGUAUCCAGAAAUCCAUUAGGCAUUGCAAAAUUUAUUGGCAGCAAUACAUGAAGAGGAAAUCAUGCCUAUAAAGAAACAGAGCACUGACUUGAAUAACUGUCCUUCAAAAUUUUGUUGGUAGUCUUUCCACUGUAAAAUAAUGAUCCAUUGGCUGGAGUCAUGUAUAUACUGUACCCUUGGUUAUGUACAGCUUUUGCCAAUAAGUUUCUUGGGUUGUUUUUCGACUUUUGCAUUUGUGCAACAAACUAUGGAAGACUAUUCCAUGAUUUGCUUGUAACAUGUGUAGAAUCUGAUCUCCUUAAAAUGAUCAGCUCAUGUGAUGAGAGUUUUGUUGCCUCACUAUGUUUAGCUUUGUAUAACUUCUUCGGGUUCAAAUAGAUAUUGUGUUGUUUAGUUUUUAA